CGCAGCCCUCGGCCUCGAGCAGACGCGCGGCGAGAGCCGUUCCCCGACGGGCAGCGGGGCGCUGGGUCGCCGCGUUUGGGCUGAGCGCGGCGACGCUGCUGCCCCGAAAUCCUCCCCGAUCUUGAGGCGUAUGGAACCUCAAGGUCUUUGUGAUAAUGGAAACCAAAAAAUUGAUUGGUAAACCGCUUCAACCAGCAAGACCUGUUCGUCAUCUGACUUCUCCCCCUGGAGCAGUAUUCCCUUUCAACUUUCAGAAUGAAUAUUCAUGCAACACUCAGUGCUUACAAAGUGGAGUUAGCAGAUGUAAGACAAAUGGAAUGCAAGCCUUUUCUCAAGGUCAUAAUGAACAACAGCAACAUCAGUCUCCAGUUAAAAAAGAGAGAAUUAAAUACAGCAGAGAUUUCCUGUUGAAGCUCUCAAGCGUUUCCAUCUGCAGAAAAAAACCAGACUUUCUGCCUGAUCAUCCCAUUGUACUUCAAAAACCAGAAAACCACCAAAGUUUUAAGUAGCAUUUUAAGAACAAAUGAAUUUGAAGAUAAAGAAUUAUUUGUUUUCUAUUUUGGACACCUGCAAAUGAAGUGGAUCUAGUAACAAUAACUGUAAUGGACUGUGACAAUUCAGUUUAUUUUUAAUUUUGAUGGUUGGGUAUUUGGUUUCUCCUAAAAUGAGAAAUAUUUUAAACUAUAAAGAAUUUUCUAAUCAGUUUCAGCUUUGCAGGCAGUUUCCUGCAUAAAUUGGGAAGUAACACUGGAAAGUAAGAAUUUGGUUAGUAGGGAAGGCUGUAUUUAUAAUUUGCAUGCUACUUGCAAUUUUUUGUUUUUCAUCUCUUGUAAUAAUGGAAUGGAAAUGUAAGCUGUAAAGAUUCUCAAAUAUAAAGUAUUUGCUAUGAUGUA